CUCAAAAUCCAUACUACAGCUACCCUCCAACUAGAGCAUCGCUUACCUUCAGCAGUAUAUGCCGAUCACGCGUUCUGCUUUUCCUUGCUCCGCACUCCGCUCCCCAAACAGGAUAUAUAGCCUGAAUUCAUUCUUGAGGGGCUUUAGCCGAAUCAUGACCUCCACCGGGGUAUUGCCUGAGACUGCUGUCGGUAAUGAGGCACCGAACAUCAUGUCACCUCCCUUUUAAGGCUUCGGUACGGCAGAUCACACUUCGCCAGCCAAUCGAAGGUGGGCGUUCUGUUUGUGGAAAUCCGAAAUAGGAUUAAGACGACUCAGUCAAUACCCGGGGCAUGGGGUUAAAAUGCUUCAACCCCCGAAUGAGGCAGCCACCCACGUAAGUAUAUAUAGUUCAAGUCCGCUCCUGGUCUCUUUCAGUCGGUGUAGGAGAAGUCGUGGUAGGUCAUCCAAUAUGUUGUCUUUAAGCUUCUUCUUGACAUUUGGCCUCGUCGCUGCCGAGACCGGCAUCAAUGCCUGGCUCCGGUAUGCUCCGCUGCCAUCUGCGAUGUCCCAUCCUACUCUACCUGCCAGCAUCGUUGCCCUAAACACAUCAGCCAACAGUCCCGUCGACACUGCUGGUUUGGAGCUACAGAAGGGUAUAUCAAGCAUCUUUGCCAAGAAUCUCACCAUUGCCAGCCAUAGCAGUACCUCGGCCUCCAUCGUGGUCGGCACUGUCAGCGAAUAUGCUUCUGCAUAUGGGCAGUCACCCAAGACCCCACAGCUUGAGAAUGACGGCUUCUGGCUCAACACGACCGGACCAUCUGUUCAGAUCCUCGGCCAGAAUGAGAGAGGUGCACUCUAUGGCGCAUUUGAAUACCUGUCGAUGCUUGCUCAGGGCAACUUCUCCAAGGUCGCUUACGCCUCCAAUCCUGCCGCUCCAGUUCGCUGGGUCAACCAGUGGGACAACCUUGAUGGUUCCAUCGAGCGAGGAUACGGCGGCAACUCCAUCUUCUUCACCAACGGCCUUGUUGUCAACACCACCGACAGAGUCUCGCAGUACGCCAGGCUGUUGGCAUCCAUCGGCAUUAAUGGCGUAGUAGUCAACAACGUCAAUGCCAACUCCUCUCUCCUAUCUCCAACCAAUGUUGCAGGUCUGGGCAGACUAGCCGACGCUUUCCGACCUUACGGCGUGCAGGUGGGCAUCUCCUUAGACUUUGCUUCGCCAACCGAAGGUCUGGUCUAUGGCAAUCUCAGCAGCUACGAUCCUCUCGAUGCCGGUGUCAUAAGCUGGUGGCAGAACGUUACUGACACAAUCUACCGCACCGUGCCCGACUUCGCAGGAUACCUGGUCAAGGCCGACUCUGAAGGCCAGCCAGGUCCGUUGACCGACAAUCGCACGUUAGCCGACGGCGCAAACUUGUUCGCCAACGCACUCAAACCUCAUGGCGGCAUUCUGAUGUUCCGCGCCUUUGUCUACAACGAUAUGAUCAAUGAAACCGACUGGAAAGCCGACCGCGCAAAUGCCGCUGUCCAGUUCUUUUCCGGCCUGGACGGCAAAUUUGCGGAUAAUGUCAUCAUCCAGAUCAAAUACGGUCCCAUUGACUUCCAAAUCCGCGAACCCACAUCUCCGCUCUUCGCAUAUCUGCAAGACACCAGCACGGCAAUCGAACUCGAAGUCACGCAAGAAUACCUCGGUCAACAAUGCCAUCUAGUCUACCUCCCUCCAUUGUGGAAGACGGUCCUCGAUUUCGACUUGCGCAAAAACCACCAGCCCUCACUCGUCCGCGACAUCAUCACAGGCAAACGCUUCAACCGACCAUUAGGCGGGUCCGCGGCCGUAGUCAACGUCGGCCUCAACGAUACCUGGCUCGGCAGCCACCUAUCCAUGUCGAACCUGUAUGCAUACGGACGUCUAGCUUGGAACUGGGCCGAAGACCCAGAAGCAAUUCUCCAAGACUGGACACGCCUGACAUUCAGUCCCGACCCAACAGUCAUACAAACCAUCACCAAUCUAUCCAUGUCGUCGUGGCCCGCGUACGAGAAUUACAGCGGCAACCUGGGCAUUCAGACGCUGACCGACAUAUUGUACACUCACUUCGGUCCGAACCCCGCGUCGCAGGACGGCAACGGCUGGGGCCAAUGGACACGCGCGGACGGUAAAACAAUCGGCAUGGACCGGACUGUGAGCAAUGGCACAGGCUUCUCGGGACAGUAUCCCCAAGAGAUCAUGGAGAUGUACGAGAACAUCACGACCACACCCGACAAUCUUGUCCUGUGGUUCCACCACGUCAAUUACACGCACCAAUUGCACUCUGGGGAAACAGUCAUCCAGCACUUCUACAAUGCACACUACGCGGGCGCAGAGACAGCGCAGACUUUCCCCACGCAGUGGGAAGGUCUGCAAGGCAAGAUCGAUGCGGAGAGGUACAAUGAGACGCUGUUCCGUUUGACGUACCAGGCUGGCCACAGCAUUGUGUGGCGUGAUGCAAUCACCAGAUUCUAUCACAAUCUGUCGGGCAUCGCGGAUAGCCAGAGCCGCGUGACCCAUCAUCCGUGGCGCAUUGAGGCCGAGAGUAUGAAGCUGGAAGGGUACAUGCCAUAUACGGUGUCGCCGUUCGAAACCGCGAGCAAUAAUACGGCGAUCGUGACGAGCUCAAACUCGACGAUGGGAACGGCGAGUGCGGUGCUCACAUUCCCAAAUGGCACGUAUGAUGUUGGCGUGAACUUUUACGAUUUAUUGGGUGGAGAGUCGAAGUUCAAUCUCAAUAUCAACAAUGACUUUGUCGGGCAGUGGACAGCGGAUAACGUCGAGACUGGCCGGCUAGGUCAUGCGCCGUCGGUGUACCUUGAUGGGCAUUCUGCGACGAGAGUCACGUUCAGGAAUGUGACGAUCAAGAAGGGUGAUAGGCUUGAGAUUACGGGUACGCCUGAUGGUAUUGAGCCCGCGCCGUUGGAUUAUGUCGUCUUCUUGCCUAAGGGGGUGGUCGACUAAUCGGUACGAAGAGAUGGGGAUGGCCGGUGGAGAGGAACAAUGGAACAGAUGAAGAAAGAGCCCGAACGCACUACGACGCCACGACAUCUCUAGGUAAAAGUUUG